AUGGAAGCUGAAAAAAAUAUGCCAAGGAUAGAAGAAAAAAAAGAUAUUCUUAAAACUCCACUUUCUGAAGGUCAAAAGCAUAUUAUUUAUUCUGCAAUUGAGGAUUCAAAUGUUGCUGAAGAUGUUAUUAACAUUAUAGAACAUACUAUAAAAUCUUCAAUAAGUGAAAAUAAAUUUGAUUUAAUUGUUGAAGCUUUAAAUCCAUUAAUUCAAGACAAAGCCAAACAUAUUGUUGGUAAAUUGUAUAUUUAUAAACGUAGACCCUGUAAAUAUAAUGAUAAAUGUAUUAAUGAAAAUUGUAUUUAUACCCACGAUAAAGAAUUAAAAGGAGUAAAUAAAAAGCGAAAACUUGAUGAUAUGGUAACAAGAAGUAAACCCGAUGUAUCUAAAUCCAAUGAAGUUAUUUUUAAUAAAGUUGAUUCUUUUAAACAUACAGAAACAGAUAUUAAAUCUUAUGCUUCUUUAUUUGGGACUUUAAUUUCACUUAAAAAACUUAACAUUUCAAAAUGGCUUUUAAUUUUUGAAAAUGAAAAUAUGGCAAAAAAAUUGGUUGAAUCUAGGACUCCUGUUAUGGAGGACGAAAGUAUAAAAAAGUAUUAUAAUAUUGUUGAAAAUUUAAAAAAAUAUGAAUUGAAUAAUUUAAUAGAAAAAACCGAAAAUUUACUUAAUCAAUUAGACAGAUCAUCUGUGACUGAAGAAAUUCGACUUAAUUUUAAUAAAAUUAAACAAAUGAUUAAAGAGGACAAUCAAGGAGUACAACCAAGUAAAGAAAUUAAUAAAACAAAAAAUAAUGUGCAGAGUUUAUAUUUUAAUAGUUUUUAA